AUGAUAUCCACAUCAAUUCGUGCAUUGAAAACACAGAGAUUGGCCAUUAAGUCAGUGGCCAGGAGAAGCUAUGCUGUUUCGUCAAAAGCACAAGCUUUGUUAUCAAAGCCUGUACUGGAAGUUGAUCCAGAAAUGGCAGACAUUUUGAAUCAAGAGAAAGUCAGACAAAAGAACUCAAUUACCUUGAUUCCAUCCGAAAAUUUUACUUCUAAAGCCGUGAUGGACUUGUUAGGAUCUGAAAUGCAGAACAAGUAUUCAGAAGGUUACCCCGGGGAGAGAUAUUACGGAGGUAACGAAAUCAUUGACAAGGCUGAAUCAUUGUGCCAAAAAAGAGCAUUAGAAGCAUUCAAUUUAAACCCAGAAGAAUGGGGUGUCAAUGUACAACCAUUGUCUGGAGCUCCAGCUAACUUGUAUGCUUACUCAGCAAUCUUGGAUGUGGGAGAUAGGAUUAUGGGAUUAGACUUGCCACAUGGGGGACACUUAUCUCAUGGGUACCAAACAAACACUACCAAGAUCUCAUUUGUGUCAAAGUAUUUUCAAACCAUGCCAUACAGAUUAAAUGAAGAAACUGGUGUGAUUGACUACGACACGUUAGAGAAGAAUGCUGAGCUUUUCAGACCAAAAGUUAUCGUUGCUGGUGCUUCUGCUUACUCGAGAGUUAUUGACUACAAGAGAAUGAAGCAAAUUGCUGACAAAGUUGGUGCUUACUUGUUGUCCGACAUGGCUCACAUUUCUGGUCUCGUUUCAGCUGGUGUCACUGCUUCACCAUUCCCCUACUCUGAUAUUGUAACCACCACCACCCACAAGUCCUUGAGAGGACCAAGAGGAUCAAUGAUCUUUUUCAGAAAAGGUAUCAGAAAGGUCACCAAAAAGGGAAAGGAAAUUCCAUACGACUUGGAGAGAAAAAUCAAUUUCUCUGUCUUUCCAGGACACCAAGGCGGCCCACAUAAUCACACCAUUUCAGCGUUAGCUGUGGCAUUGAAGCAAUGUACCGAACCAGAAUACAAGCAAUACCAACAAGAAGUUGUCGAUAAUGCAAAACACUUUGCCGAUGCAUUAGAGUCCAAAGGUUUCAAAUUGGUUUCUGGAGGUACUGAUACGCAUUUAAUUUUGCUCAAUUUGAACUCAAAAAACAUUGAUGGUGCUAGACUUGAAGCGGUGUUGGAGAGAGCCAAUAUAGCAGCUAACAAAAACACUAUCCCAGGGGACAAGAGUGCACUUUUCCCAUCGGGAUUAAGAGUUGGUACACCAGCAAUGACCACCAGAGGAUUCGGAUUUGACGAGUUUUCAAAAGUUGCCGAUUUCAUUGAACAAGCAGUGACUAUUGCCGUUGAUUUGAAAGGCAAAGAACAAGGGAAAGUGCCCAAAGAAUUGUUGGCAAGCUUUAAAUCAUUAGCCGAUGAAAGUGAGGAUGUCAAGAAAUUGGGUGAUGAGGUUGCCAAAUGGGCUAGUCAAUACCCAGUGCCAGGCGAUUUGUAG